UUCACGGUGGUCGGUGAUACGGCUUUGAAAAUUUGGAAGGUUUGAUUUUUGAAUUUUUAAAUUCAGUUUAUCGAAAGCCAUAUCAUUUGUACUUACAAUAUAGUUGGCAAUAUCKGGUUAAGGUGAAUACUCUGGUUUUCACGCACCAAGCUCAAAGUCCGAAGGUGAGAUUAAUGAUUACUGAUUAGUUCAGUUGAAGCURGGACAUCUUCCGAGCAUUAAUCGUGAAUUCGUAUAAAGGUUUUAUUCUACACAAUAGCAAUAAGCAAUAUUCAACAUGAAUUUGAAGUUCUGUGCCAAUCUAUCUUUCAUGUAUCAAGAAGCGAAUUGCCUUUUGGAGAGGUACAGUUUAGCGGCUAAAUCGGGAUUUGCUUCUGUCGAAUGUGCAUUUCCUUAUUCAGAUACUUUAGAAAAAGUAGUAAAGGCAAAAACAGAUGCUAAUGUACAACAAAUUUUAAUUAACRCACCAAAAGGUGAAGCCCAUGAACUAGGGUUUGCAGCAAUUCCAAGUAUGGAGGAUAGAUUUCGUUCAUCUAUUGACUUAGCUGUAUCUUAUGCGAAUGCAUUGAACUGUUCCAAAAUUCAUGUGAUGGCUGGCAUAGUUGCUCAACCAACAGAAGCCAAUCACGAGGCUUAUGAAAAAAAUUUAACUUACGCAGCACAAGUAUUUGAAACUAAAGGCAUUAUUGGUUUAAUUGAGCCAAUUAAUAAGUAUUCGGCUCCAGGGUAUUAUUUAAAUUCAUAUGAACGAGCAAUUGAUGUUCUGAACAAAAUUAAUAGCCCUAAUUUGAAGCUACAGUUGGAUAUAUUCCAUUUACAACAGAUCAAAGGGGACCUAACAAAUAAUAUUAAAAGUUUGUUACCUCAUGUUGGGCAUAUUCAAUUGGCUCAAGUUCCAGCACGUAACGAACCAAAUACAUCAGGUGAAAUAAAUUAUAGUUAUAUUUUUCAAUUAUUAGAAGAACUUAACUAUAAUGAAUGGAUUGGUUUGGAAUAUAACCCUAAAGGUGAUACUGACAAAGGCUUAUCGUGGUUAAAGGAUAUAAAAAGAACUGUAACAUUUUAAUGAGAAAUAUUUAAAAAAGUAUAU